AUGGAGGUCCAACAGAGGCUCUGUCACACUAGCAAAGUGGCUUGUGUCAUGUUCACGGUUCUCCUUCUCCUUUCAUUCUUGGUAAUAGGAAUCAUAACAGGUCUCAACUUCAAGAAUAAGUCACAGGAGGAUCAGACCAGGGGUCUUCUUUCUGAUGAUAUAACACCUAUUCCAUUCCACUACAAAGGUGAUAAAGGGCUCUGCUCAGAUGGUUGGGUUUUAUAUAAGAACGCCUGUUAUUUGAUAGUAAAUUUUUAUGGGACAUGGGAAUUAUCAAAGUCUUUAUGCCACGAGCAUGGGGCACAUUUGAUGGUUGUGAACAGUGAGGAAGAGUUGGUUUUCAUUUCAAGAGUUGUUCAGAAGAGCCCAGACUACUGGAUAGGUCUCAAGAGGGACACAAUGGGCCAGUGGUCCUGGGUUAAUAGAGAUAAUUAUCAUUCAAAUCCACAUUUCUGGGAUGAAAAUAAACCUGCUCAUUGGGAUAUCGAAUCUUGUGUCUACUUAAAAGGAUCUGACACAGUGCAUCGAAAGCUGAUGCAUGAUGCUGACUGUCACAGUGAGCGGUAUCACAUUUGUGAACAGAAACUAGAGACAGGCAUGUGGUAGGAAACUUUGCCAUCAUGUCAACUGCCUUAGACUGUUCUCUUAAGAUCCUGUUCUGGACAUGCUCCUUCUGAUGUUGUUAGAUCUUUGUAGAUGUCAUCUUUUUCUUUGUAAACUUUAUUUGCCUGACUGAUGCAUGUUUAAUGUUCUUUCGCUAUUCAUAAAUCCCUGUUUAGUGUUCCAGUGUACAGUCCUGUUAU